CGUGUCAUCGGUUGGUGCAAUCCGUUUUUGCAGUUAGGCUCGAACUUAACGCUAAGCAUAACCUUAAGUCUUUCUUAAAUGUUUGGUGCAAGUGGGCCACUCGUUUAAAUUUGGGGCUAGAUUAGAAAUGACCAAUCGUAGUAAACGGCAACGGCGGACUGUCUUUUGUUUAGCUGCUCCUCGAUUCUAAAGAGGGAUGUUCAAUGAACAUAACCACUAAUUUUGUAUGUUCAACGUUCGAGUCUUGCAUGCUAGUUAGUGUUUUUUCCAAUUUCUCAUAGUAAUCAAUAAUGGCGAGGAUCAGAACGCCUAAAAAAUCCGUUAAUAAAACCCAAAAAGCCGGCAACAAGCCGGAGGAAAAGGUGCAAAAUCUUAGAGUCAACAAAGGUUCAAAGAAAUACAACUUACCUAAAGAGUUGGUGGAGAAAUACGCAAAAGGAAAUGGUGUUAACUUGAAAAAAGUACACACCAAAAUCCAUAAAAAGAAAAUCGAGGAGAAAGAAAAGCAAAUAAAGUUUGCAGCACAAGUAGCAGCUCAAACCGAGGUAUUAUUAACCGAACAAGAAGGCCAUUUGGAAGCGGGUGAUGGGGAAACUACAACUCAAUUUACACAAAGUGAAAUUAGAGAGCACGUAGAUCUAACAGCGGCUGCAAAGACAUUUGAGUUGAAGCUUGAAUUUGGUCCUUACAGGUCAAAAUACACAAGAAAUGGCCGUCAUCUAGUUAUAGGAGGCAGGAAAGGGCAUGUAGCAGCAUUUGAUUGGGUUACCAAACGGCUCCAUUGUGAAAUGAAUGUUAUGGAAAGCGUUCACGAUGUAAGCUUCUUACACGUGGAAACCAUGUUUGCAGUGGCGCAAAAGAAUUGGGUCUAUUUCUAUGAUAACCAAGGCAUUGAACUUCAUUGCGUUAAAAGACUGAAUAAAGUUACCAGGCUGGAAUUUUUGCCAUAUCAUUUCCUACUUACAAGUUGCAGCGACGAGGGCUACUUGAGCUGGUUAGAUGUUUCACUAGGCCAAAUCGUGUCGCAGGUCAACACAAAAUUAGGUAGAUUAAGUAUGCUUACUCAUAAUCCAUGGAAUGCCUGCCUGUGCUUAGGACAUGCGAAAGGAGUAGUCUCAAUGUGGAGUCCUAAUUCGAGAGAACCUCUUGCAAAAAUGUUAUGUCAUAAGGCGCCUCUUACUGCAGUGCACGUUGAUCCAUCUGGCAUGUAUAUGGCAACAGCAGCCACCAACAGUGAAGUGAAAAUAUUUGAUGUGAGAAAGUUAGAGGGCCCAGUUCAGGAAUACAAGUUGAUCAGUUCAGCCGGACACGUAGCUUUUUCUCAAAAGAAAAUGUUGGCUUUAGGAAUGGGAAAUAUAGUUGAAAUAUACAGGGAUUGCUGUACACAAGCUGCAAAAAGACCUUACUUGAGACAUAGAUUGAACAGUUCGAUAGGUAAUUUUAAUUUCUGUCCCUAUGAGGACGUACUAGGGGUUACAACUGCCAAAGGCUUUACUAGUCUCUUAGUACCUGGAUCCGGAGAACCUAACUUUGACACGUACGAAGUCAAUCUAUUCCAGUCUAAGAAACAGAGACAGGAAGCCGAAGUGAAGGCUUUGCUUGAAAAGAUUCAACCGGAAUUCAUUACAUUAGAUCCAUUUGCAAUCGCCGAAGUGGAUACUCCGACUUUAGCCGAUAAAUUAGAAGCCAAAAAUAAGUUACUGCAUUUGAAACCGCCAAAGGUAAAAUAUGAGGCCAAAAAUAAAGCAAAGGGCAAAGGUGGAUCUGCAAAUAUGGCCCGAAAUAAAAAGAUAGUGCAAGAAGCAGCUACAAAGGAGUUUGUAAAAGCUUCCAGACAACUUCAACCGGCUGAAAAGACGAAACCACAACCGUAUCAUGUUUUAAAUAGGUUUGCAUGAAAUCGUAUAAUGUAAAUAAGUUGACAAUAAAUUAACAGAAUGUUCAUUUUAAGAUCAAAA